AGUACAUUAUUGAUGUUACGAAGAUCCAGCUUUUAUAUGAUUCAGACAUUUGCAUUUGCAAGUGGGUCAAAGAAAUAAAAAAUAAAAUUGUCAAAUUCCGGAUAAAUGAGUCCGAACAUUUCUUUAUUUUAGUGUAUGAUUAUAUCUUCCGUGGACUGGUAAACAAAUGUGGUUGUAUGAAUUGACGUUUAUGUCAAAACUAGGGUUAUCGAAAGUGCGGUCACUAUCAUGAAGAGAGGACUGAUAAAUAGUUUUAGUUAUCAGUUGAUUAUGUGACCGACAUAUCCAGUAGAUUGACAAGUGAAAAUGAUUUAAAAGCUAGAAUGCAGGCAGAUAAUGAAUCAGACAAUGGGAAUGUACCCACUCAGGAAGAAUCUUGCCGAAGGGAUGCUAAAGAAGAAGACAUCCAUGUCAGAUUACUUACAGAUGGUGUUUAUAGCUCAGCCAUGACAGAUUCAUCUGCAGAUAGUGUGUCUUCUACAGAUUUUAGUCUGAGGGACUUGAAUAGUCAUCAUGAAAAAAAGAAAGCAGGUGCUCCAAUAAUAAAAGAAACUGAAGAGGAGGUGGAUUAUACACACUUAGUGUCUGUUGUCGAAAAUGACAUCAAAGAUAUAAGUAGUAGAAUCAGCUCAGCUGUGAUAGACUUCCAUUUCUCAUGUCAAGAAGAGACAAUCAUGAAUGAAACAUACUGCACACAUUUUGAUUUUAUCCCAAAUGAGAUUAUAUUAAAAAUAUUUUCUUAUUUUGAGACUCUGGAUUUAUGUAGACGAAUUUCUCCUGUUUGUAAGCGAUGGCGCAAGCUGGCAUACCAUGCUAGUUUGUGGACUGUUCUUGACCUUAAUUGGAACCCACAUUUGUCAUCAGUGAAUCUGUGCUCGAUAAUCAAACGCCUUGGAUGUAUUCGAAAACUUCUCCUCCAGAACCGACAGUUUCUUAAUGUCUCAGAAGUGUCUGUGUUUACACAGUUCUGUCCCUUGGUGACAGUUGUUGACUUAGGGUUCUGCAGUACCUGUUCUGCUGAUGAACUUAAGUAUUUCAUUCUCAACUGCCAACAUUUAGAAAGAAUCAAUGUUGAAGGCUGUCACCUGGUAGCUGAUGAAUGCUGUGAGGUACUAGCUAAGGCAAAAAAACUGAAACAUUUGAAUUUUUCUCACUGUAUCAUAACAGAUGCUGGUGUGAGUCACUUGGCCAAGAAUCUUUCACAGAUUGUCUCCCUCAAUAUCGAUGGCAUUGAAAGGAUAAGUGAUAAGAGUAUUCUGACUCUGGUCGAGCAUCAUUGUGAACACCUGAAGUGGCUGGACAUUGAUGGGGCUGAGCUGACUGACCAGUCCAUUGAAGCAGUGUCCAGUUGUCCCGGGGUAGAGAGACUGACAGUGUCCUUCUGUGAACUCUUGACUGAUGUCUCACUGAAGGCCAUAAAGAAAAUGACAAAGUUGACAUGUCUGUCUCUGAGGAAAGGGACAGAACUGACCAAUGAAGGGAUGGUUGACCUCUUCUCCACGGAUGGUCUGACCAGUUUGACCAGGUUGGACCUGUCUGAUUGUGGUAACUUGAGGGACUCAGCUGUACUACAAAUCAUCAAGUGCUGUGGUAAGAAGUUACAGCAGCUGCAGUUGUGCUGGUGUUGCAGUCUACAGGAAGAAUCUAUCACGGCAAUCGUAGACACCUGCAGCUCAUUGGAAACUCUGAAGUUGGUCGGACUACACAAGAUUUUUGGGAAAUGUUUUGAUAGAAUUCCAAAAUGCAUGCCGAAGCUGACCUUACUUGACCUUCAACAGUGUAACAAGAUUAAUGAUAAUCUCAUUCGAGAGAUGUUAUGUAAGAAAUCGGACCUAAAAGCGUUUGACUACUAUGGGGAAGAUUUCCGAAUCCAGCCACUGACCUAGUUUGUACUGGAAGAGGGUCAACCUGUUAUUGGAUCAACAAAACCAAUCUAAAUGCCAACAUAAGUCAGGGUCCCUCUUCUACCAAGUAUCAACAGGGACAACUUGAUGCCCAUAAAACCCCGUUCAAGUUUGGCAGUGUUCUUCCCAACUCCCCAAUGAUGAAUGUAAGACGUUUGAAUCUGAUCAUCAAAAUCCAUUAAAUGCAAACUUUAUCUAUUUUACAACAAUUGUGUUACUAGUUUUUCCUUCUUUGAUGGAAUUGCACAAAUAGUCAUAACAAAGAAGAAAGCUGGAGUACCAGAAGAAAACCGAAGUGGUUGGGCAGAUGACCCAAUACUUGUUCACACCCAUUCCAGGAAUCCAACCCUGCCGUCUUGGUGAAAGACAAGUUUGCUAUCCACUGUGCCACACUCAAACACUGCCCACUACAUUUAGAGGGCCACGGUGGCCAAGUGGUUAAGACGUCUGACAAUUUUGCUAGCACUAGCCCUCUACCACUGGAUCAUGGGUCGAGACCUAAGGUACUGGCCGUUGGUCGGUGGUUUUUCUCUGGGAACUCCACCACCAAAACCUGGCAAGUCCACAAAUGACCAUAGCUGUUAAUAGGACGUAAACCACAAACAAACAAACACUACAUUUAGAUUAAAGUUACAGACUGGUUUCCCAUAGACUAUAGCUACCUCAAAGCAUAGAUUUUAUCAAUAUGCAGUCACAUGUGUAUAGUCAAGUUAAAAUUUAUUCAAGAGAAUCAGAAAUAUGAAUAUAUGGGGGCUGCUGAUAAUCGUCAGUGCACUCACUGUUAUUCAACUCUGCGCCAAACCGUUUUUCUCUUCCUCUUCUUUCCAUACAGGAGAUGUCUCUUACAAAAUUGUGCUUCUCUUGAGUGACUUACUGUUUGCAGAUUCAUACCAACAGUUUAAAGAUUAAAACAUUUUUUUUGUUUCGAGUGGUCAAUAAAAAUAUUUGGGAUUCAUAUGACUGCUGGUGGCCAGGAGGUCUAGUGAUAGUGUUUUGAUUCUGAAUGUCGGCAUUUCUUCCAUUUGUUUGACAUUUGGUUGUCUGUUCCAUGUAAUCCUUGGUUUCUUGGGAGAAAUAAAUAGAUCUAGGUACAACUUUGACAAUCUUUCUCAUUCUAUGCAGUUCUAAUAGGUUUCAUCCAUGGUAUUACAUAGAUGUCAAACUUUCUUGUUCUCACGACUUGUGAUCUCUCACAACAAAUCUCAUGGCAUGCCCUGGGACCCUUUGAGGUGGUCGAAUUGGAAUUGAGUAUGAGGGUCUCGCCUGGGGCGGCAUGUUCCAGUGUGGGUCAGAAUAGUGGUGAAAGUAACUGACUUGACAUCUUGAGGACAAAAACAUAGGUUCCUUCAGAGGUAGCCAAUGAACAUUGAUGAUUUUGCCAAUAUGUUAAUGACAAAUUCAGGCCAUGAUAGGUCUGAUGUGAUAGUAACCUCUAAGUAGUUGCUGUUAUGCACUGUCGCUCCCUUGAAAUAUGUCCUGACAAAAUUGAAAGCAUUCAAUAAUUAAAGCUAUUUGAUUGGUUUGAUAACAAAGGAAUUUCAGUUUCCAUCCGUCAGAGAGAUCAUUCUUCUGGAUUUUAUCAAUAUUAUUGUUGAUUAAGAUACUAUCUAAAAUGUUGUCUUCUAGUGGGAGUUCAUACUGUUUUCUUCAGAAUUUAGGUAGCGCCGGUUUAUUACCCUUUGGCACUGCAUGGUUGCCCUUUUUGCUGGUUUAGACAGAAUUUGCCCUUUGUGGUCGUCUGCAGAUAAUGAUAUUUUGAUUAUGAAGUCGCUAGCCUUUUCUGUUGUCCGGAGUGACAGGAGCUUGACACGGACCCACGUCACUAUAAAAGUAUUGCCGGUUGAUUAUUUAACCCCUCUCGAUUAUGACCCAACCCAUGACUACAUAUCUUUCAUAGUCGUGGGAGGGUUCAUAAUCGAGGGGGAUUAAAUAAUAAACUGGCAAUCAUUUUAUAGUGACGUGGGUCCAUGUCUAGUUCCUGUGUCUGGAGGUUUAUGUAAUGAAGGCAAGGAAGUGUUUGAUGGUUUGAGGUUUUUACCUUCACACUAAUUAUUUCCAACGAUAAUCUUUUUCACAUUUAUGUAGGCUACUGAGGAUUUCCCACUUUAAUGUCACUAGGACACUCACAUGACAAUUAAUUUUGCGGUUUUGUUGUUGUUGAUAAUGGAAGAUCUCUGAGUGAUUUCAAAGCAAACACUGUCCUGGAGCCAAGUCACUGUGCCUAUUAUAUUAUCAGGGUCACUAUCCUCUAUCAAUACGUGGAAAUCAGGAGCUUUAUUUUACAGUACAUUUCACUUAAUAUCACUUCGCUUAAUGUCAUUUUCGGUUAUUAUCAUGAAUUCUUGACGCGACGUUUCUUCCUGCCAUGUAAUCUAUGUAAUUCAAGUAUUUUAUUAUCACUUGUUUUUAUGUCAAUUUUGCUUAAUAUCAAUUUAUUUUUGCCACUGUCAAAUGAUGGUCAAAAUCAAUGCUUUAUGUCUCUGGGAUAUUUUGUCACACCUGGACGCGCUGUAUACUGUACAACAGCUCUCGAAAAUAAUCAGAUUUUAUUUGGCAGGUCUUUGGUUAGCCCGAAUUUCCUCUGCCCUGACACCAGACUUGGACAUUUUGACUGAUAGAUGUCUGAUGUGUUUUAGGCUGGUGUCAGGGCCAGAUGAAACUCGGGCUAGUCCUUGGUCUUCACACAUUUUGAAUCAAUUAGGUCAUGGCCAAUUGGAAUGAGAAGUCACUAUGUUUGUAUUAGGAAGAUACUGAUGUUAGCUUCUUCGCCUAUAGAACUCUAUGUAUUGAAACUGUUGUCCUCUUAGUUGACAGAUAUUUAAAAAUGUCAUUUGUGAAAGGUACAGCAAAAAAUGCAAAAAAGGGAUUUGUAGUAGAACUAGAUUGACAGAUGACCGUGCUGCUCAUUUAUUCAUAUUGGCCAAUAGUAUUUUCCGGAUGACAGUGAGUGCUCUUUGGCAUCUCUUCAAGGAUUUCUUACGUGUUGACCAGAUUUAUCUUGAUUUGACCGCACAAUAGCGACAGUAGAUAUUGUGCAUUGAGAUGUCGUAGGUCUUUUACAUGUUGGGAACUAAGUUUAACGUUGGGGGUCUCUGCGUCAUGAGUCAAACGACGAUUGGUGCAAUGUCAUGGCGUUCUAUAUAGUACGUAAAAAGGGGCAAAUUGUAGACAUUUGUAAUUUAUUAAUGAAGUUUAAAAUUAUUUCAUACGUCUUUAAGUCCAAUAAAAUAUAAUACAUAUUGUCUUUGAUCAUUUCUUUAUAUGUGACAAUGAAGAUCGAUUACAUUAUUUUUGCAAGUUUUAAUUGUGACCGAAAUUCUGAUUGCAAAACAGAAAUUUUAAAAGAGCUAUUGCAGGUUGCUAUGCCUAUUUCCCCAAACCUGAGACCGCUAGUGCGCGCGUGCCAUCGUGUACUGUCAUGACGCGUAUUCGGGUAUUUUUAUACAGGUAGCUCUAUCGGAAUCCUUUGUCUAAGAAUAGAUUAUUGUAAACAGCCGAAUUCAAGGCCACAUGCGUUUCACGAUAAAGACUUAAUAAAAUGCUUAAUUCGCGUUAUUUCUAUAAAUUCUGGGCAUACUCGUUAUUCAAACACAAAAUUGUUAAAACUAAGGGAAAAUGUGAACAAGGUUAACAUUACAGAGAUACCCUUGAUCGAAAGAGAACAAGGAAAAUAAGACCAGGUGUUCCGAAAGAGUAAGCGUCUUCUGCUUCAUCGAGGUCUAGGUCAAAUUAAAGUAAUGUCACAUCUCGUAGCAAUAAUCGAGAUAGUCACAAUAAAACCACAAGACAACAUAAUGAGCAUCAAAAAACGACCUGCAUAUUGAAUAAUGAAAUCGCAUAAAAUCUGUCCAUGAUCUGUAUCAGCCUGCAUCGUCUAAAAUCUUGUGUUGUAAAUUUGUCCAUCAGCAGUCGAUAUCUAUCGCGUAAAUAAUGAUAGUAGCAUAAGCUCUUGAACACUUAAUCAACUAUGCCAUGCAAAAAGGGAAACAGGGAUGUUACUAUCAACAAAGGGAACAAGUCUAUAGUGUCCUUGAUUUGAAAUUCAUGAGUUUGAAAAUAGCCAUCGUAGAAAUGUCUGACAGUAAAAUUGAUGGACUUGACCAGGUUUUUGUGGCCAGUUCUGAUAAGCUUUUCAAUAAAUUUGGCCUCAUUUGAAAACAAAAAAAGUCGGCCAGAGGAGGGACAGUUUGUUCCCAUAUGAAAGCAUAGAGUCUGCAGGAAAAUUUUGCCAACAACUUAACAAAAUGCUGUGGACCAGGAACUCAGUUAUUUGCAAGAUUUAAUCAUCGGUAUAUUUCAAUUCGAAAAGAACAUUGUCAACAUGACUGCAUUUGUGAAUGUGCUGCCGGGGGUUGUUCAGUCCAUUAAAAGUAUUGCAGACUGCUGUUCAGUUUUUGGUACACGUACUUUUACUAGGAUGAUAGAUAUAUCCUAGUCAGAAACAGUUGUGCCUAAAUACUAAAUUACAUAACACGUUACACUACAAAUACAACAUUGAAGUGUUAUUUAUGAUAGUUUAAUUGUAUUAAAGCCUUUUAAUGUUUGUCCUAUACUGGUACUCUGUAUAUUAUGUAUGGGUCUGUCACUCUGUAUAUUAUGUAUGGGUCUGGCACUCUGUAUAUUAUGUAUGGGUCUGUACAUUAUGUAUGGGUCGGGUGCUCUGUAUAUUAUAUGGGUCAGGCGCUCUGUAUAUUAUGUAUGGGUCUGGCACUCAAUAUAUUAUGCAUGGGUCUGGCACUCUGUAUAUUAUGUAUGUGUCUGGCACUCUGUCUAUUAUGUAUGGGUCUGGCGUUCUGUAUAUUAUGUAUGGGUCUGGCACUCUGUA